AUGGCUGGCUGCAUUAGCUUUGCUCUGAUUGCGAUCGCGUCGACGGUCGCGAUGGCGGAGUCGAGGGUGAUUCCGGCCGAGCCUCUUUCCAUCACGUUGGAUGCUUACGGCAACCCUGUAAUGUUCCUGAGGGAGAAGAGGGCGGCCCUACGCCCUUAUCCGCACAGGACUAUGAUGUUCGCCGGUUACUACAGACCGAUACGUCGCACGAGUAACGGCGGCCAGGCGACGGGCGUGUUCGCGCAAGGAAACGCGGUGAGCGGCGAGGCCUUCUUCGGCGACGUGCACGCGCCGCAUUUCAAGGACGGCCCGGAACCGAUCGAGGAGCCGGAAGUGUCCAGCGCCGAGGCGCAGGCGGCGCCCGAAGAAGAGCAGGAACACGAGUAUCAUCGCCAUCAUCACGAGGAGGAGCAGCACCACCACCACGACGAGGAGGAACAGCUCCAUCGCGACGAGCCGCAUUAUCAUCAUCAUCAUCAUCAUCAGGAUUCUCUGGUCCCUCAGGGACACCAUGAAUCGGAUCAGAUUCCGCUGACCACAGAGAUUGCGCAACCGACAGAAAAGCCGAUCACGGCCACGGUGGUGUCUGCAGUCCGACCGAAGGUGCAUCAUAGCAAGAAAACGCAUAAGACGCCCAUAACUGUCGACGCCGACGACGAUGACGAGGACGAUGCGGACGAGGAAGACGAUGAACCGGCCGUGCCGUUCGUACCUUUUAAGGGCAACAGACGUCGUCAGGGUUAUCCCCAUCUAAACAACUUCUUUCCCAUGGUCUUCAGCUUCCCGAGACUGGCUACUCGCGCCGGGUCCUCUGGAUCUCUUCCUGGUGCCAUCACCGCCAUUGCGAAUAGUUACUCCACAGGAAAAGGCGGAGUCGCUAGCUCGGUAGCAACUGCCUACGGCGGGUCUCCAACCGGGAAGAAACGACGCCCGCAGCCAUACAAGGAAUAA